GAAAUUAACGCUUCAAAGCAGAUUACAAAAGAGGGUCCCUGCUGCUUGCUUGGAGCAGGACCAGGGUAAUGUCUACUCCGGACCCUCCCAUGGGUGGCACCCCUCGCCCAGGUCCUUCCCCAGGUCCAGGGCCCUCCCCUGGGGCUAUGCUUGGCCCCAGCCCUGGACCCUCCCCUGGCUCCUCUCACAGUAUGAUGGGCCCCAGCCCUGGCCCGCCCUCUUCUGGACAUGCCCAACCAGGGCCAUCCGGUUACAGCCAGGACAACAUUCACCCUCUACACAAAUCUAUGGAGGGAAUGCAUGAGAAGAGCAUGAGUGAGGAAGGCCGCUUCAGCCAGAUGAAAGGGGUUCCUAUGAGGCAGGGCAGCCACAGUGGCAUGGGCCCCCCACCCAGCCCACUUGACCAACACUCACAAGGCUACCACUCUCCAUUAGGUGGUUCUGACCACUCCAGCCCUGUCCCCUCAAGUGGUCCUCCCUCUGGUCCCCUCAUGCCUUUGUCUUCCUCUUCCUCUUCCUCUGGUGGACCCAGCUCUGCCUCUACAAACUUAGAUGGCCCCAACACAGACCCACAGACCUUGGGCCCAAAUAACCGUUCUGGACCUCCAAGUAAUUCUGGUCCUGGCCCCAGCUCCGGUCCUAGUCUUGGAAGCAGCGGUCCCAACCUCUCAUCUGGCCUUGGGACCAGUGGCCCUACUGGUCCUGGUGGCCCAGGAGGUCCCACUCCUUUCAACCAAAACCAACUCCACCAACUCAGGGCCCAGAUUAUGGCUUAUAAAAUGCUGGCCCGUGGACAGCCUUUACCAGACCACCUCCAGAUGGCCGUCCAAGGGAAGAGGCCAAUGCCAGGAAUGCAGCAGCAGCAGCAGCAGCAAUCCAUGCCAAGCUUGGUUUCUGGUGCUGGAGGUGGGCCAGGAGGACCAGGUCCUGGUCCAGGACCCAUGGGCACAGGAUAUGGCAGAGCUCAUGGGAUGAUUGGCCCCAACAUGCCUCCACCUGGUCCAUCUGGAGUGCCAGCAGGGAUACAGGGACAGAACCCUAAUGGACCUCCCAAGUCCUGGCCAGAGGGCCCAAUAGUGAAUGCAGCGGCCCCCUCUAACGCCCUCCAGAAGCUGGUUCCCCCUCAGCCUACUGGCCGACCUUCUCCUGCUCCCCCUCCAGUGCCGCCUGCUGCCUCCCCAGUAAUGCCCCCCCAGACCCAGUCCCCUGGCCAGCCAGCACAGCCCACCCCUAUGAUGCCACACCAUGCCAAGCAGAACCGCAUCACGCCCAUCCAGAAGCCCUGUGGCCUUGACCCAGUGGAGAUACUGCAGGAGAGGGAGUACAGGUUGCAGGCUCGAAUCACCCAUCGUAUUGCCGAGCUGGAGAACCUGCCAGGCUCUCUGGCUGGUGACCUGCGUACGAAAGCUACGAUAGAGCUCAAAGCACUUCGACUGCUUAACUUCCAGAGACAGCUGCGUCAAGAGGUGGUGGUGUGUAUGCGCCGGGACACAGCUCUAGAGACCGCCCUGGAUGCCAAAGCCUACAAGCGCAGCAAGCGUCAGUCCCUACGAGAGGCCCGCAUCACAGAGAAGCUGGAGAAACAGCAGAAGAUUGAGCAGGAGCGUAAACGCAGACAGAAGCACCAGGAGUACCUAAACAGCAUCCUACAGCAUGCCAAAGACUUCAAGGAGUACCACCGCUCCAUUACGGGCAAGAUUCAGAAACUGACCAAAGCUGUGGCCACCUACCAUGCCAACACUGAGCGGGAGCAGAAGAAGGAGAAUGAGCGCAUUGAAAAGGAGAGGAUGAGGAGACUCAUGGCUGAGGAUGAGGAGGGCUACCGAAAACUCAUCGACCAAAAGAAGGACAAGCGUCUGGCAUACCUGCUGCAGCAGACCGAUGAGUAUGUGGCCAACCUUACAGAGCUGGUCAGAGCUCACAAGGCCGUGCAGGCCCUCAAGGAGAAAAAGAAGAAGAAGAAGAAGAAGAAGAAGCUGGAGAAUGCUGAAGGCCAGACUCCUGCCCUGGGCCCCGAUGGAGAGCCUCUGGAUGAGACAAGCCAGAUGAGUGACCUGCCUGUGAAGGUUAUUCAUGUAGACAGUGGCAACAUCCUGACAGGGACGGACGCUCCUAAAGCUGGACAGUUGGAGACCUGGCUGGAGAUGAACCCUGGUUACGAGGUGGCUCCACGUUCGGAUAGUGAAGACAGUGAGGAGGAGGAAGAGGAAGAGGAGGAAGAGGAAGAGCCUCAGCCCUCAGCAGCUCCAGUGGAGGAAAAGAAGAAGAUUCCAGAUCCUGACAGUGAAGACGUAUCGGAAGUGGAUGUCCGCCACAUCAUAGAGCACGCGAAGCAGGAUGUGGAUGAUGAGUAUGGCGCGGCAGCGUUUGCCAGAGGGCUGCAGUCUUACUACUCUGUGGCCCACGCUGUCACAGAGAGGGUGGACAAACAGUCCAGUCUGUUGAUAAAUGGACAGCUCAAACAGUACCAGAUUAAAGGUCUGGAGUGGUUGGUCUCCCUAUAUAACAACAACCUGAAUGGGAUCUUGGCUGAUGAGAUGGGUUUGGGAAAGACGAUCCAGACUAUUGCCCUCAUCACAUACCUCAUGGAGUACAAACGCCUCAAUGGACCCUACCUCAUCAUUGUGCCCCUCUCAACGCUGUCUAACUGGGUGUACGAAUUUGACAAGUGGGCACCAACGGUUGUGAAAGUGUCUUACAAGGGGUCUCCUGCUGCUAGGCGAGCGUUCGUCCCCCAGCUUCGCAGUGGCAAAUUCAACGUUCUGCUCACCACCUAUGAGUACAUCAUCAAGGACAAACAAAUACUGGCCAAGAUCCGUUGGAAGUAUAUGAUUGUGGAUGAGGGCCACCGUAUGAAGAACCACCACUGUAAGCUGACGCAGGUCCUGAAUACACACUACCUGGCCCCACGGCGGGUGUUGCUGACGGGCACGCCACUGCAGAACAAACUGCCAGAGCUGUGGGCCUUGCUCAACUUCCUCCUGCCCACUAUCUUCAAGAGCUGCAGCACAUUUGAGCAGUGGUUCAAUGCCCCUUUUGCCAUGACAGGAGAGAAGGUGGACCUAAAUGAAGAGGAAACCAUCCUGAUUAUUCGUCGUCUCCACAAGGUGCUCCGCCCUUUCCUGUUACGUAGGCUGAAGAAGGAAGUGGAGGCUCAGCUUCCAGAGAAGGUGGAGUAUGUGAUCAAGUGCGACAUGUCAUCUCUUCAGAGGGUGCUAUACCGGCACAUGCAGGCCAAAGGCGUGCUGCUAACAGAUGGAUCAGAAAAAGACAAGAAGGGUAAAGGAGGCACAAAGACGCUGAUGAACACCAUCAUGCAGCUGAGAAAGAUCUGUAACCACCCGUACAUGUUUCAACAAAUAGAGGAAUCUUUUUCUGAACAUUUGGGAUUUUCUGGUGGUAUAGUCCAAGGUCCCGACCUUUAUCGGGCAUCAGGAAAGUUUGAGGUGCUGGACCGCAUCCUGCCGAAGCUAAGAGCCACCAACCACAAGGUCUUGCUCUUCUGUCAGAUGACCUCACUAAUGACCAUCAUGGAGGACUACUUCGCCUACCGCAACUUCAAGUAUCUGCGUCUUGAUGGCACUACUAAGGCUGAGGAUAGGGGGAUGCUGUUAAAGACGUUCAACGACCCUGAGUCCCAGUACUUUAUUUUCCUUCUCAGCACCAGAGCCGGAGGUCUUGGCCUUAACCUGCAGUCCGCCGACACUGUGGUCAUCUUUGACUCGGACUGGAACCCACACCAAGACCUGCAGGCCCAGGACAGGGCCCAUCGAAUUGGCCAGCAGAACGAAGUGCGCGUGCUGCGUCUCUGCACUGUCAAUAGCGUGGAGGAGAAAAUCCUGGCAGCAGCCAAGUACAAACUAAAUGUGGACCAGAAGGUCAUCCAAGCCGGCAUGUUUGACCAAAAGUCCUCUAGCCACGAACGCAGGGCUUUCCUGCAGGCCAUCCUGGAGCAUGAGGAGCAAGACGAGACAAACUGUGAGCAGAAAACUUGGCCACAAGAUUGCUGUGAGGAGGAUGAGGUGCCAGAUGAUGAGACUGUCAAUCAGAUGAUUGCCAGGAGUGAAGAGGAGUUUGACCAUUUUAUGCGCAUGGACUUGGAUCGGCGGCGUGAGGAUGCCCGUAACCCGCGGCGAAAGCCUCGUCUGAUGGAGGAAGAUGAGUUGCCCACCUGGAUCAUGAAGGAUGACGCUGAGGUGGAGCGGUUGACCUGCGAGGAGGAAGAAGAGAAGAUGUUUGGGCGAGGUUCCCGCCAGCGCAAGGAGGUGGACUACAGCGACUCACUGACGGAGAAGCAGUGGCUCAAGGCAAUAGAGGAGGGCACGUUGGAAGAGAUUGAAGAGGAGGUGCGUCACAAGAAGACGACUCGAAAGAGGAAGCGGGACCGAGACUUGGACCUCCCGGGUCCGUCCUCCUCCUCGGGGGGUGGGCGCAGUCGAGGGGACAAGGAUGAUGACGGGAAACGACAGAGGAAGAGGGGACGGCCCCCUGCGGAGAAACUGACCCCCAACCCCCCCACCCUCACCAAGAAGAUGAAGAAGAUAGUGGAUGCUGUCAUCAAGUACAAAGACAGCACCAGUGGGCGCCAGCUGAGCGAGGUAUUCAUCCAGCUGCCAUCUCGCAAAGAAUUGCCAGAGUACUAUGAGCUGAUCCGUAAGCCGGUUGACUUCAGGAAAAUCAAGGAGAGGAUCCGUAGUCACAGGUAUCGUAGUUUAGCUGACCUGGAGAAAGAUGUCAUGCUGCUUUUCCAAAAUGCUCAGACCUUCAACCUGGAGGGAUCCCUGAUUUAUGAGGACUCCAUUGUGCUGCAAUCAGUGUUCACCAGUCUGAGGCAGAAGGUUGAGAAGGAGGAGGAGAGUGAGGGCGAGGAGAGCGAGGAGGAGGAAGAGGAGCAGGAGGAAGGCUCGGAGUCUGAAUCCCGCUCUGUGAAGGUGAAGAUCCGCCUGGGAAGGAGAGAGAAGGGUGCAGAAAGAGGGAAGGGACGCAGCAGGCGCACAGGACGCACCAGGGCCAAACCUGUUGUCAGCGAUGAUGACACUGAGGAGGAGCAGGAGGAGGAGCGUUCCCCCAGUGCCACCGAUGAGGAGGCCUAAGAGGAAAAGCAAGGUGUAAAGGGCUAUGAAGGGGUUGCCCACUUUCUCAAAAAUCCAGACAUGAGAACAUGCCACGCAGUCAACUCCAUGCAUCCUCAGUCAGAUGCUAUACACAUGACACAUAGGAGUUGUUUUUUUGUUUUUGUUUUUCCUGGGUGAACAUCUGCACUGCUCAAGUGUCUCUGGUGGAAGAACAAAUGCCCACCAGCUGGAGAUGCACCAAUCUGGAGCCAUUCAUAUGGCCCCCAUAGGAAUCGCUGAGGUAUCGCAAUAUCCGUUACACAGUUAAAGUCAUCAAAUCUAAUAUGUUCUGGUGACAUAUGAAGAAGAAAGAGGUAAAAAAAAAAAACAACAAUACAGAUCUUUCACGUUUUGGAUAUUUAAAACUAAAUUAUCCCAAAGUCUGUUGGCAAAACACAUGGAGUAUAACUGGAUUUAUUGCCUCUUAUCUCACAGCUCAUCCGGUGAUUUUUCAAAGGUAUUUAUUUUCUCUUUAGCAUGUAUUUUAUUAUAGGUUGCCAUAACGUUUCAUGUUUCCUAAAGUUAUUGGAAUGGACGUAAAGCUACCUUGAUACUUAAUGUCGGUGUAAUAAGAGGGUUACUUACCUUACCUUACUUUUCUAAUGGAUGUAAACAAACAUUGUAUUGUUUAACAUUACCAAUAUGUUGCAGUGGUACGGUCUAAUGGCCAGCCCCCAUGGAGCCACCUUGAUUACUUAGGUGUGUUGGUCAAAUGUUUCGCUGACAGCUCGAUGUUCGAGGUGGAAAUGUAGCAUGCAGUGACUGAGGUUGGUUUUCAGGCUUGUCAGAAACCCUUUAGCAACUAACUGCACUUAUUUGACUGGGUGUUAAUGGUGUUGAAAUCAAUUCACUCAAGCAUACUGUUCAAGUUGACCUACUCCACCUCCUUCCUGCGUAGUCAUCCAACAUUAGCACUUUUAAUUGUCAGUUGUACGCAAAAAAAAAAUCAACACGAAUAUUCCGAAGGUUGUAAUUCAUUAUUGAUUACUGUAACUUUUAGCGUUGUGUAGUGGUUUAAGAAUUACAAAAUGGUAGACUGUUCAAUUACCUUGGAGUUUUUUUUUUUUGUAUGUCUUUGAUUUCAAGACAAAGGACCAGAGGGACAGUUGCUCUCCUGUGUUUGUGCAUGCCCUAUGGCUGGAUGGUGUUUGAUAAAAGUGUAUAGGGUAAUUUUGUUAAUUUAUAAUGUUUAUGCAUGUGUGUAUAGCGCUUCAGGCUAACCUACUGUACGUUCUUCAUGAGGACAGUCAACAGUGAACUAGAAUUGACAACAUACAACCAAAGCGUUAGUACUUUCUCCACUAAGUUUUUUUGGAUCUGUCCGUGGCGUGCCAAUGUCACUGAAACUCAAAAGGCAACAAUAAAAUACAGUGAAAUUUA